UAGUGCGUGCAAGUAUAAUGUUUCCCACUACAAUACGAGACACUUAAUAACGAAUAACAAAAAGGUUACAUCUAGGAUAGCUUACACUUCAGAUUUUGAACAAUGGCGCUCGCCAUAUGCAUUGCUUUAAGUUUACUUUCCUUGGCAAAAAGUGAUCGCCAUAAUUGUUCAAUAUUAUAUAAAACUGCGGACUGCACCAGUAGAGGACUCAUGUCCGUACCGAAGGAUCUACCCAUAGAUAUGAUUUCAUUAGAUUUAAACCACAAUGAAAUUAGAACAUUGCCAAACAAUACUUUCGAAAGAUACUCGAUGUUAUUAACAAUAAUUCUUGACAAUAACAAAUUAUCUGUGAUUGAAACUGAUGCCUUUUCUGGAAUUAAAAGAUUGUUAAAUCUCUCAAUGGAAAAGAAUACUGUUAACUUUACUGAAUUUAACACUAAUGAAACAUUUCGCUCUCUUAAAUCAUUGGAGCUUUUAAAUAUUCGACAAAAUUGGAAAAUCAUGGAAUCAUCGUGGACAUAUCCAUAUUUGGGACAUUUAACUAAUCUCAUAUAUUUAUAUAUUGACUUGACUAACAACCCGAAUUUCACCUUGAUGGAUGUAAAGAAAUUAACAAAACUGAAGAUAAUAAGAUUUGAACAUUGUUAUUUAACAGCAUUUAAAAAUAUAACUUUUGAAGAUUUUCCUGAUAGUGUGGAACAGAUUUAUUUUGAAAAUAUUAACUUUAUAAUUCCACAUAUUUUACUUGUGGAGAGUGACUUUUUAAGGCCGUUCCCAAAUCUUCGCGUGUUAAGUUUGAUCAAAAUGAUAUGCAGUCUUUCUGAUGCUUUAAAGAUCGUAUAUCCUUUCCAACAUAAGUCCAUGCAAGCUGUGGUAUUCAAACAAAUUGGCAUACCGCCUGGAAAUUCAGUUGUACUUACAGAAGCAAUGGUAUCAUACUUGAAAAAGGUGUGUGUCAAAACAUUGGUAUUAGCAGAAAAUGAUAUUGUUUUCCUUGGCCCAAACAGCUUGGCGUCUUUAAAUAUCCCCAUUGCUUUAAUACAAUUGUAUUGUCUGGGAACAGAUUUUCCUUAA